UCGGAAAUUGGAUACAAGUAUAGUAUGUCUUUAUAAUACAACUUUAAUUUUGUUUCAUUACUUAAUUCGAUUUAAAAGGGUAAAAUCACACUGUGAAAAAAAUUAAAGAUUUUAUUUUUUAUAAAAUAUUAACAGUAAAAAAUAUAUAAAGAAGAGUUUAAACAAAAGUUGCAUCAUUUCAUUAUAAACUGCAUACAAAAAAUUGUUGAAAAAUCUAUAAUCUUUGAGUUACUCUUUCCUUACUAUUAUUGCUUAAACAAAUUUUUUUAGUAUACGUGUUAAAAUAUGUCUAGAUACUGUCCUUUCAGAAAUAUUAAUGACUUGUUAAAAUUUUUUUUUCAAUUAAAUAAACCAAUUAUUAUCAAAUUUGAAAUCUAUUUUAGCAAUUUUCUUUAAUAAUAUAAUAAUAUAAUAACUGGUUUCAAGAUAUGUAUCAUGCACAUAAAAGUCAACUCUUCAUAAAUAAUAGAUUUUGGUAUAACUUAUUCUCUUUUAAAAUAAUGAUCUACUAAUUAUGAAAGAAAUUCUAUUGUUUAUAACAUGAAUUUGAGAUUAUGGGCUUUGGAAGCAAAAAACCUAGUAGAAUUAUUUGAAUUCAAGACAAGUAAAUAAUGGAUUUGGAAAUUCCAAAAUGUGUAUAGAAUCACAUUUUUUGAAGUAUCAAUUUUAGAAUGUAAUCUAUAUUUCAAAAUAUUGAUAGUUUUCAAUGUAUACUUUUUUAUAUUUAUUAAUGUUCCUUUAAAAAAAGAAAAAAGGUAAUGCAAGAUUAUAGAAUAUCAAAUGAGAAUAAAAUAUGUCGCUUUUAUAAAAUAUUAUAGGAAUUCACUUUAAUACCUAUAUAAAUAUGCAGUUUAUAUAAAUAUCAUAAUAUAAUAUUUUUAUUUUAUUUUAAGUAUAAACAAAUUUAUAGAAUUCAUGAUACCUUUUAAAUCUUCUAACACAAUAUUUUUAAAGUACUCUAAAAAACUAAACAACGAUAUUAUUCAUAUAUAAAUACCGUUUUCUAACACAAAUACGUAAAUUAUAUACCAGUAUAAAAAAAUUGAAAAUAUAAUUUAUAAAAAUAUAUAUAUUAAAUACAAUGAAGUAAUAUCUCUUUAGUAAGACUUAUAAUUUAUAAUUAUUAUAUAUAUUGGUAUUUUCUCUAUAUCACUUUUAAAGCUACUUAUUUAAAAAGGUGUCAUCAUUACAUAAAUUAUGAAAAUCACCUUAAAUUCAAAUUUGCUAAUAUAAAAAAUAAUGAUAAAUCUGAAUAACUUUUCAUAAAUCAUUCUGUAUCUUUAGCUUUCUUGCAAUACCGGAAGAGUUUUUGUACUAGAAACAAACUGAUUAGAUAUAUCAUAUUUAUUUGUAUUACAUUAAUAAUAAAGUGAUAUUUUGUUGGCAUCUUGCUUAUCAAAGUAUAUGCAAAAUCUAUCCAUCAAAUGGAAUAUUCUUUCUUUCAACAAAUUAUCUUCAGAAGAGCUUUAUAUAGCUGCUUUGUUGUUGUUUCAUUUGCAUUUGUUAUUUUUUUCUACUAUAAUAUAGUAUAUAUAUACAUUAACCCAUAGUACAUAUAUGCAAAUGUUUAGAUAAUACAAAUCAUUUUUAUGAACGUUCAACGAACAUUCUUUUACAAUCUUAAGAACAUUUGUAAUUCAUAAGAAUAUUUAUAAAAGAUUGUAUACUAUUUGGGUGUACCAAAAAUUAUUAGAAUAUAAAGACGUAUUAUAAUAGUAAUUUACAGAGAUAAAAACGUUGUAAAAAAAUUAUUAAACUAACACAUUUUUCGUAACAGAUUAAAAGUAUAUAAAUAUAUUUAAAGAAUCUAUAUUUAAAAUUUAUUAGUUUAUUUAAUUCUUCUAUUUUUCAUGUACCAAGGUUUAUAAACGAUAUUUCUUUCAUUAUCUAUAUAUAAUAUAUGUAAAUUGCAAUAAUUAAAAUCGGCAGUAGCAUUUAUGUAAAUAAUAAAGAACUUAUCUAUAUAUUAAUGUAUUAUUCUAAUAACUUUCUUUGAUCAUUCUAAAUUUUUGAACGGUUCGAUCAGUUUGCUUACUCCUAUUGAAUACAGUCAUAGUUAAAUACGCGUAAGAUUUUGUAAUUGCAAUUUACACUUUUUUUUAAAUAAUAGUUUAAUAAUAUCUUAUAAAAAUAAAAAAUUUUAACAUUACAAUGAGUGAAAAAAAUAUGAAAAUAUCUAUAAACGAUGUUGGUGUGUCAAAUGAAUUUUCAAUAAAAAUACGAAUUGAUUCAUUGAUCAAAAAGUUUUUUGAUGAAAAUAUUAUUGAUAAAAAAUCUCGAGAGCAAUUAUAUUCUUGGAGAUCUCAAGAUACUAAACUAUCUGUUAGUAAUUGGUCAAAAAAUGCAGCCUAUAAUGAUCUGCAGAAAAAAAUAAAAUUUUUGAAACAAACUAUCUUACAAUAUGUAAAAAUUGAUCAUAUUUACAAACAAAAAUUAGGAAAUUUAGAACUGCUAAGAACACAGCAAGAACAAAAAGAUUGGGAUGAUAUUAAAUGUACAAUUGCAUUAUAUGAUAAAAACUUUUCCCAUGGACAAUUGGGAUAUUCUACUCCGAAUCUAACAAAAGAUAUCAAGGAUUAUUACCAAAAGUACAAAAUAUUAUGUAAAGAAGUUAGAAAUAUGAAAGAUGAAUUAAACGAAUUUACAACGCAGUACAAUGUAGAUUGGAUAAAUACUAAUUCCAAUCUCAUUAACUUAUCUAAUGUAAUUAAUAAUAUAAAAAACAAAAAUACUGUUUUAUUAAGUGCUACUAGAUCUGCAGAGGAUACAUUACAAGAAUUACGAAAUAAAUUUAAACAAACUGAAAUAGUCUUGAGAGAUCGCAAAAAGAUAAAGGAGAAUGAAUUUUUCAGAAAUAUUUCUUAGAAAAGGUAUCAUUUGUAUGAAAUAAACAUUACUUACAUCUGCA